CGGGCCACGCCCCUCGUGGCGUUCGCAGCCAAUCAGAAGCCCCCUCCGCCUGCUCGUGGGCUCUCGUUGGCCUGCUCCGGCCGGGAGGCGGGGAGGAGGGGGCCGGGCGGCCGACCAAUCGCGGGGCCCAGCGCGCGCGCCCCGGUUGCCCCGGGAAACCUAACUGCGGGGUCGCAGCGAGCCACAGCUCCGGCACGGCGGGUGAGCAUGGACAGCCACGACGGGGACACCCAGGGCGAAGGCGGAGCGGAGGAAGGCCGGUCCAGGGAGCUGUCCGAGGCCACAGUGGACUACAAACGCCACAUCCCGGCCAACGCUGCGGAGCCCGAGCCCGAGGCAGACGCGGAGCCUUCCGACAGGGGCGAUUACCGGCAUGUCGAGCCCCUGGAAGCGGCCACCGAGACCUCGGGAGACGCCCGGCCCGGGGAGCCGGAGCCCGAGUCGGAGUCCGAUUACGAGACCGAGGAGGGGCCCUACGGGUGGGAGAAGUCGGAGGACAAGGCGAGGAAGGCGAAGAGCAAGGAGUCGCGGUUCCGGCCCGCUCUGCCGUUGACCACGAUCGUCGAGGAGGGGGUUGCGCCCGUCCAACAGGCUUGGAAAGAGAGAGCAAAGAGGGAGUCCGAGGACAGAGCGAGGGAAGGCGGCCAGGAGGCUGGAGAACGCCACGAGAAGAGCAGGGAAGAGCAUCCUCAGGACCGGGAGGAGGACGACGAGUCCGACGACGACUACGAGUGGCCCUUGGAGGUGCAGAAGCUGCAGGAGCAGCAGCUGCGUGGCGAGCUCGUAGACCAGUACCACGCCCUGCUGGUGGAGCGGAACCGCUACCAGCGCUACAACCUGUACCUGCAGCAGAAGAUCUGCGAGGCUCUGCGGAAGAAAGGCCUGGAAGCGGCCGAAGCCCGGGACAAGGGGGUAGAGCCCGAGUCCCCCGACAAGGAGCGCGCCUACUUGCGAUACCUAGCCAUGCUGGAGGAGCUGAAGAAACAGGAGGCGGACGACCUGGAGUGGUACCGCCAGGAGGUGCACGAGCUGAAGAGGCUGUGCCAGGAGAGGCGGGCCAUGGUGGAGAAGGAGUGGCGCCGAUUCCAGGCCCUCAAGAAGCAGGUGGUGAUGCAGGUCAUGGGCAGCUGCCGCCUGCGCGGUGGGCGCCAGGCUGCCCUACGCGAGGUGGAGCAGAUCCAGGCGCUGGAGGACAAAAAGGAGGAGGAGAUGAGCGCCGUGCGGUUGGAGAACGUGCAGCUGAGGCGGAGCCUGGUGCAUUUCGAAACCAGGAUGAAGGCCCAGCAGGACUUGGCUGAAGGGCUGCUGCUCAUUGACUUCGAGCAGCUCAAGAUCGAGAACCAGAUCUUCAACGAGAAAGUGGAGGAAAGAAACGAGGAACUCUUGAAACUGCGCAACAAGGUGACCAAUAACGUGCAAACAAUAACGCACGUGAAGGAGAAGCUGCACUUCGUGGAUAUGGAGAAUUCGUGCAAAAGGGCCCAGCUUCUGGAAGUUGAUGCUCAGGUAGCCCUAGGAAGGGACAUCCUGACGAAGACUAAGCAAGCCCGAGACAGCCUGCAAAUUGACAACAUUAAACUCAGUCAGAAAUGUGGGCUUCUGGGUAAGGAAUCACUCCUCAGGGACUUGGAGGAAAAGGUGGAGAAGACGGAACUGCUCAGUCGUCGUCUGGAAUCGCUGAAGCACCACCAUGCCGGGCUCACCCUGUCCUGUAAAGGUGUGAAGCAGAAGAUCGGGGAAGCCAAAGCCUUCCUCCCCAGCUGACAGUCCUGCAGCCUGUGCUGUGUGCAGAAAGUGCAGGAGCCCAGCAAACCGCGCCGUGCUCCUCUGCUCUUUGAAAAGCCUGGGAUACCUUGGAUGGAACUAUUUUAUCAGUUUUCAGCCAGCACCUUCGGUUAACAAUAGUUACACAUGGGGUUAAUGAAAAUAGAUCUAGAGAGACAAAAGGGGGCGAUCAAACUGAUAUAUGAAAAUCUUUACAGCUCAGCAAUCCCAUAAUCAAGGGCUGAGCCUUAAGGCGGUACUGUUCCUCCACUGAAUGUAAGGAUGGUGUAAGGGUCAGUGGGCAAGGGACAAAGAUUCCUGUACAUUGGUCU